AUGAAGGAGAGUGCUGAUAAGAGCGAGGAGCUGUCGGCGAAAGAGACGGAGCUUGAUGAUAUGAAGAAGGCUCACCAAGACAAGGAGCAGAAGUGGCUGGCACAACUACAAGCUGCCGAGUCGAGCGCUGCUGACCUCCGCUGUCAACUCAACAACGAGCAACAAGCACGUGCGAACGAGCAAGACCAGUGGCAAGCACAACUACAAGCUGCCGAGUCGAGCGCGACCGACUGGCAGCACCAGUUCGAGAACGAGCGAGGACAGCGUGCGAUCGAGCACCAACAGUGGCAGACUCAGAAAGACGGACUCGAGUCGAACCACAACACAUUGGCACUUCAACUGGUCGAUGAGCAACAGGCGCACGAGAACGACCUGGCCACUGCAAAUGACCAGCUCAACCGUGCCGAGUCAACGUACCGCGAGCUGGAAAGCAAGUUCGAGGCCUCAGAAGCAGCGCGUGGCAACGAACAGAACCAAGCUGCAGUCACACUGGAGAGUUCAACCACUGCCCUCAAGCAGCAGUGCGCCACUGAAGUCCAGCAGGAGCGCAAUGCUCGCGCGCUCGCCGAACAAGAGCGUGACAACGUCAACAAAGAACUGACGCAGCUCCGCGAGCAGGUGGCAAACUCCGAGAGCGUAGCCGCAACGCAAGAGGAGCAAAUCAAGCAAGAACGCAGCGCCAAGGAGGUCGCCGAGCAAGAGCGCGAUAAUGCCAUCAAGGAGUUGGCUGAGCUCCACAGCCGGAUGGCCCUCUCCAAUGCCCAGGCCUCGAGCCAGAAGGAGCAGUACGACACGCUCAUGAGCGAGCACGACAGCCUUACGAGCGCCCACAGCCACGCCCUCGACCAGAUCGCGGCGCUCCUCGAUGAGCGCUCCGGCCGAGAGCGAGAAGUGCAGCAAGCAAACCAGCAGCGCGACGUCGUACAGAACCAGAAUGUCAGCUUGCAGAAGGAGCUGGCUAGCACAAAGCUUACACUUGAGACCACACAAUUCGGUCUCGAGCAGUAUCGCCACAUGAGCGAAAUGGCCGCCACGGGUCGCCAGGAAGCACUGGCAACGGAGAUUGCCGCGAAGGUCGCGGCCAACAAGCGUGCGAAGGAAGCUGAGAAGCAGGUGAAGCUGUACCAGCGUAGUGGUGCACAGCUUCCGAAGCCGAAGGCGAAGUCCAAGAAGAAGAAGGAGAACAAGGCUUCUUCGGAUGGGUUUGUCAGCUUCGGCCACAUGGACAUUGAUGAGUCGAUUGAGGAGGCCAAGGCGAGAGUCGAAGCCGAAGCCGAUGACGAGAGCGAGGAUGAUAGCGACGACGAGAUGGACGACGAUGAGGCCAUCGCCGCUGCCAUUCCGGAGGUGCAGCGCCAUACUUCGCCCGCUCCCUCGUCUUCCGCCAGCAGCCAGGCCAGCUCAUCCAGCGCCAGCGAUGUUGACGAAGAGCCAUUACCAAGCGACAGCGAGUUUCAGAAGGCCGUUCGCCUGUGGGACACUGGUCAUCUGGGCACCUUAUACCGCAAGUCGAACCUUGUGCAGAAAUUCCUCCCCGGUAACACUGGCACACACGUCUACAUCUUCCCCUUCGGUGAAUGGCUCCUCAAGAUCCAGCCACGACCGAGCGAUAUGCGACCUGACGACCGCGGCAACGGGAUCUUGAGCUUUUCGCAGUCGAUGCUUGGCGGACGACACCCGGAUCAGUUGAGUAUUGAAGAGCAUCAUUUUGCUGUGACGGAGUUUGAGCAGAAGGUCGUUUAUGCAUGCCUGCCAACGACCCAGAUCGCCGCCGCGAAGCUGAUCAAUGAGGACGAGAAGGAGGACAUUACGAACGAUCUGUUCAGCGACAACGAUCAGUUUCGUCACUUGUCACCCGUCAUGGUCUGCAAUGCCGCCGGGAAGUUCGUUUCCAAGAUGAACGAGCUCAACAAGGGCUCGCUGCUGAGUAUGGUUGACGAGCGUAGCGACAAGUGCUGCCAUGAGCUGCGAGCACACCCCAAGAUCUUCAAGGCGGCCGCUCGUCAGCUUGCCAAGACGCCACAGUUCGUCCAGACUCUUCUCGAUGUCGUGAAUGGACGCAUCACCAACCUGGAGCCAGGCAUAGGUAUUUGGCCGGCAGAAGUGGCUGACCACGCCGCUGCAUCCCGAUCCUUGAGCGCCAACGCACGAGUGGUUGAGAAGAGGACCCGAAUGGGACCACCAGCGCUGCCUGGCAAGGUCGCUGACGAGAAUGAUAAGACUAUGGCGAGUGUUCUCCACGACCUAGACGUCGACCCGAAAGACAGCAUCGAUGCUCUGGCCAAGUUGGCGAAACAGGCCAAGAUCGAGAGCAAGCGACAAUCGCGCGAGCUGCCACACCAGAAGGAUGGUCCAAUGAAGGCAAAGUCCACCAAAUCGCCACCAAAGCCCCUCAAGCCCACCGGCAUCGGCAAGAAGAGCAGCAAAGCCGGGUCUGAGAGAAAGGAGGAGGUCUCGGAGAAGUACAAGCGUGGAGGAACGGGUGACGGAGGCCUAGAUGCCAUGUUCACAUUCACCCUCAGAACACCACCGGCGACGCCACCAGGGAGUGUAAGAUCGACGCCAGAGCCGGGUUCAGAUGGCUCUAGGCCGGGUAGCGAGCCGGGACAGAGCAAGAAGAAGCCGGCGAGGAGUCCAUUUGUCGUGGAUGAUGAUGAUGAUGAUGAUGAUGAGAAAAGAAUGUGA